GAAGUUAUCUCACCGUAUAGAAACAAGAAAACAUAAAUAGAAAAGGAGAGAAAGGAAAAAAAGGAAGUCAGGAGCUGUGUGUUAUUAUUUUCUAACACUUAAGCCUCUGGAAGAUUCCCAGAGGAGCCCCCAGCUCUCUCCGCCUCCCUCUUCUCUCCCCCUCACUCUCCUCCUCUGCCUCACCCAGCACUCGCAGCCAUCCAUGAGUGUGACCAACUCCUCUGCCUAUCGAUCGGAGCGUAGUUUCCACCAGACUUCAUCCUCAUCGUCAUCCUCGUCCUCUGGUAACCCAUACAUGGAGAAAAGCCGGGGACUGUUCACCGAGGACUUUGACUCCUUCAUGAGGCCCGGGAGCGACGCCUUGGGGUUUUCCAGUGGAACUGGAAAUAUUAAAGCUCUUGGGGAUUCGUACCAGUUCACAGUCGACGUACGAGACUUCUCCCCGGAGGACGUCAUCGUCACCACAUCCAACAACCAGAUAGAAGUUCGUGCGGAAAAGUUGGCCCAGGACGGUUCUGUGAUGAACACAUUCACCCACAAGUGCCAGCUACCUGAGGAUGUGGACCCCACCUCAGUGACAUCAUCACUGGGCGCUGAGGGUACCCUAACGGUCCGGGCACGGAGACACCCGGCCAAACACGAGCUCGUACAGACCUUCCGCACCGAGAUCAAGAUCUAGAGAGCGACGACCUGCUCAUGACUUCUUGUGUUUUUGUUUUUUUUUUGUUUUUUAAUGCUACUUCCUCUAUUUCCUGUCUUCACUGAAACCAUUCUACAUGUAACACUCAGAGAGUCGACACCGCGUUCUAUGUGACACGCCACGUCCUCCCUCCAUGACCGCAACUACACCUGUUGCUGCUCAUUUAUAUUCUGAGUUAGUUCACCGCACACAGCAGCCGCACCUGCACACGACAGACGGAGACAUGGGGGUUGGCAACGUACAGCAUUUGCACGAGAACAGACACACUUCAAUUAACAGAUCAGUUCCCCACUUCACUCGUGUUCUAAAACUUAAUUCUCGAUUUUAAAAAUUGAUGAUUGCUCAUUAAUAAUAAUUUAUUGUAUAUUAUUAUUAUUUGUGUGAAUAAAAUACUUCAUCUUUGACAG